AUGCGAUUAUUUGGGUAUUUCGGCUGUCCUUACUGCGCCAAUGUAAGGGCCUAUGUUAAAUUUCGGGGAAUCGAUAACAAAGACGUCGAAGUCAGCAUUGGCAAGCCAGAGCUGAAGGGUGUCAUUGAAAACUACUUACAAGUGCCCGUCCUCGCCUUCUACAACAACAGCAGUAGCGAGCCCGACGCAGUAGUGAAGGACUCCGGAGCGAUCGUCUCGACUCUGGAGCAAGUGCUCCGAUUAGUGGCCGAGCCGAUGAGCGAAAUCGCCAAAUAA